CACUCUCCCGAGCCGCCGGGGCGGGGCCUGCCUCUCGGCCGCGGACCCAGCGGAGGCGGCCGUCCCGCCGCGCCCGCCGCCAUCCACGUGCGGGGCCGGACAGGCUCCAGGCCGGCCUGCUUCCCCGGGGAGGACCGCGUGGCCGUGGAGGGGCCUCGCCAUGGACCUCGUGGGGCUGCUGAAGUCGCAGUUCCUGUGCCACCUGGUCUUCUGCUACGUGUUCAUCGCCUCGGGGCUCAUCGUCAACGCCCUGCAGCUGCUCACGCUCCUGCUCUGGCCCUUCGACCGGCAGCUCUUCCGCAGGCUCAACUGCCGGCUGUCCUACUGCGUGUCCAGCCAGCUGGUGAUGCUGCUGGAGUGGUGGUCGGGCACGGAGUGCGUCAUCUACACCGACCCCCGGGCCUACCCCUGGUUCGGGAAGGAGAAUGCCAUCGUGGUUCUAAACCACAAGUUUGAGAUCGACUUCCUCUGCGGCUGGAGCCUGGCCGAGCGCUUCGGGGUCCUGGGGGGCUCCAAGGUGCUGGCCAAGAAGGAGCUGGCCUACGUGCCCAUCAUCGGCUGGAUGUGGUACUUCACCGAGAUGGUCUUCUGCACGCGCAAGUGGGAGCAGGACCGCAAGACCGUGUCCCAGAGCCUGCUGCACCUGCGGGACUACCCUGAGAAGUACUUCUUCCUGAUCCACUGCGAGGGCACGCGCUUCACGGAGAAGAAGCACCGGAUCAGCAUGCAGGUGGCCCAGGCCAAGGGGCUGCCCAGCCUCAAGCACCACCUGCUGCCCCGCACCAAGGGCUUCGCCGUCACCGUGAGGAGCCUGCGGAACGUGGUUUCAGCUGUAUAUGACUGUACACUCAAUUUCAGAGACAAUGAAAACCCCACCCUGCUGGGCGUCCUGAACGGAAAGAAAUACCGCGCAGACAUGUAUGUCAGGCGGAUCCCCCUGGAGCAGGUGCCGGAGGAGGAGGACCAGUGCUCGGCCUGGCUGCACAGGCUGUACCAGGAGAAGGACGCCUUCCAGGAGCAGUACUACCAGACGGGCACCUUCCCCGAGACGCCCAUGGUGCCCCCGAGGCGGCCCUGGACGCUGCUCAACUGGCUCUUCUGGGCCUCGCUGCUGCUCUACCCCUUCUUCCGCUUCCUGGUCAGCAUGGUCAGCAGCGGCUCCUCCCUCACGCUGGCCGGCUUCGUCCUCGUCUUCUUCGUGGCUUCUGUGGGCGUCCGAUGGAUGAUCGGCGUGACGGAGAUCGACAAGGGCUCUGCCUACGGCAACAUGGACAGCAGGCAGAAGCACAAGGACUGACAGGACGCGCUCCAUCCCGAGCAGACCUGGGGCCUCCCCGUGCGGCUGGCCAGGGCGCUGGGCGAGGCUCUGCUGGGAGGCAGGGCCUCUGUCCUCCAGGCCGCCGCCCUGCCCUCCCCCGUGUGCUGCCGUGGGUGCCGGCUCUCUCUUCCUGUGUGCAUGCGAGUGUGCGUGCGUGAGGAAGGACACGAGGAGAGCGUGCGAGGCUGCCUCCAGCCCUGUCCUGCCAUCGGCCGCGGUGGCCGGGCCAUGGGGGGGGCAGGGAUGGGGAGCGACCGAGUCCCUUUCAUCCUUUGGUGCUGUUUCCUGUACCCCUGACGGCCGGUAGAGCGAAGGCGCGUAGGUGAGACGAUUAAAUUAUGCCUCCA